AUAUGUCCUGCAGGUGGCGCCACUGAGCUGUUGAUUAGUUCUCUCUGCUGUAAACAUUAGCAGAAGAAGCUGCUAGCUACUGUAAACAAAGCUGAGCCGCCAGUCUGUUGUCUUUAACAACUAAAAACUGCUUCACGUGGAGAGAAGAUAUGAUCACAAACACUUCUGCACAACACUAAAUCCUCUCCGGAGCCUGCCGGUCACUCCUCAUCCACCAGCAGCAGGUUCAGUCCGGUUCAGCAGCUGCUAUGACCCGGCCUGCAGUCUGAGGGGAGGAUAAUGGCAGCAGAGCUGUUCCCCAGUAAGAAGCUGCUCCCCUCCAUCCAGCAGUACCAGCAGCAGAACCGGACCAACAACAACACCGCCGCCGCACAGGGCUGCUGCAACUGGCAGGGCCUGUACCCGACCAUCCGGGAGAGGAAUUCAGUCAUGUUCAACAAUGAGAUGAUGGCAGAUGUUCACUUUGUGGUCGGGCCGCCCGGCGGGACGCAGCGAGUGCCGGGACACAAGUACGUCCUGGCUGUCGGCAGCUCCGUGUUCCACGCCAUGUUCUACGGAGAACUGGCCGAGGAUCAGGAGGAGAUCCGGAUCCCUGACGUGGAGCCGCCGUCGUUCCUCGCCAUGCUGAAGUACAUCUACUGUGACGAGAUCGACCUGUGUGCGGACACGGUGCUGGCCACCCUCUACGCUGCCAAAAAGUACAUCGUGCCUCACCUGGCCCGUGCCUGCGUCAACUUCCUGGAAACCAGCCUGAGCGCCAAGAACGCCUGCGUGCUGCUGUCCCAGAGCUGCCUGUUCGAGGAGCCCGACCUGACGCAGCGCUGCUGGGAGGUGAUCGACGCCCAGGCUGAGCUGGCGCUGCGCUCCGAGGGCUUCUGCGACAUCGACACGCAGACGCUGGAGAGCAUCCUGCGGCGGGAGACGCUUAACGCCAAAGAGAUGGUGGUGUUCGAGGCGGCGCUGAACUGGGCCGAGGCCGAGUGCCAACGACAAGACCUGACACCGACCAUCGAGAACAAGCGUCUGGUGCUGGGGAAGGCCAUCUACCUGAUCCGCAUCCCCACCAUGGCGCUGGAGGACUUCGCCAACGGAGCGGCGCAGUCCGGUGUGCUGACGCUCAACGAGACCAACGACAUCUUCCUGUGGUACACGGCCGCCAAGAAGCCUGACCUGCUGUUCUGCACCAAACCGCGUAAAGGCCUGGCGCCGCAGCGCUGCCACCGCUUCCAGUCCUGCGCCUACAGGAGCAACCAGUGGCGUUACCGAGGCCGCUGCGACAGCAUCCAGUUCGCCGUGGACAAACGCGUCUUCAUCGCCGGCUUCGGCCUGUACGGCUCCAGCUGCGGCUCGGCCGAGUACAACGCCAAGAUCGAGCUGAAGCGGCAGGGCGUGCCGAUGGCCCAGAGGAUCAUCAAGUACUUCUCAGACGGCUCCAGCAGCACCUUCCCCGUCUUUUUCGAGUACCCGGUGCAGAUCGAGCCGGACACCUUCUACACCGCCAGCGUGGUGCUGGACGGCAACGAGCUCAGCUACUUCGGCCAGGAGGGCAUGACAGAGGUGCAGUGUGGGAAAGUGACCUUCCAGUUCCAGUGCUCCUCAGACAGCACCAACGGCACCGGAGUGCAGGGAGGACAGAUCCCCGAACUCAUCUUCUACGCCUGAGCCCGGCCCGGAGGAAACUCGCCGCAGAGAUUCCCGCUUCACUGCCAUGAAGACUUUAUAUCUGAAACCGUGGAGACGAGUUCUCAGGAAGCUGUUUGAAGAGGGAGGGACUCUGCCGAGCCUCCGAGACAUGAUGACAGUUUGACUGAAACCACGAGAGUCAAUUACAGUGAACACAAGCUGAAUCCUCACAUUCCUUCAUCACCUGUGUUGUUGUUUUUUUGUCUUUUUUUUUGCAGCAGCUGUUCUGAGUUUUAGUCAACAUUGUUUCUCUUGGUUACAGUUAAAGUUGGGAGUUCAUGUAAACACGUUGCAGAGAGUAUCACUACAAUUCUCUUACUGUCAGCAGAUCUCAACAAUGUGUUGGUGUCUCAGUAUUUUCUGUCUUCUCUUCUACGUCUGUGAUUCUCAACUACAAGCUCACCGGUUCCUACUGAAGAUGUAAAUCUUUAUAAACACCGCACAAAUAUAUAGUUUCAAUUUUAAGAAAGGUUUACUAAAACAGCUGCUUGGGACUUUUUUGGAUGAAUCCACAUUUGGUGCUGUAGUGAGUAUUUCAGUCAGCCGUGUGGCUCAUUGACGUGUUUUUAAUCAUUUUAUGAACAAUAACGGACGUCUGCAACACAGAGGAAUAAGAUGUAUCACAGACGAUACUCGUUAGUAGAUCAGUUUAUUGUUGAAACAUGAGAUUUGUUGACAAUAAGAAAAAAAUUAAAGCACUAAUAAUCCUGUAACAUUAUACCCCAAAUCUUUACAAGUAUAGAAAGCAGCUGUGCGAACGUCUCUGAACGAAUUCGGGGGGAAAUUUAUCUGUCAGUUAUGUUUUUUGAGGCCAACUGACGUCUUCAAACAGUCGUAAUCAAGUAUCAGAUUUCAUCAAUUAACUGACUAAUCAUGUCUUUAUGUGCUGUAAUUACAGGCAAGACAAUUUUAUUUAUAAAGCACAUUUCACUACAACUAAAAUCAGUGUGCUUUACAUUAAAAUGUACGUUGAGUUACAGUAAACGUGCAUUUUAAUGCGUUUAAAUCAUGAAGUAUAAACACAUACAGUAUAAUAAAAUAAAAUAAAGAACUCACCCUGAGCUGUUUGGGUGUUUCAUGUACUGUCGUCGUCCUCUGAAGGCUUCUCUCUCCGAGACAGGAACGGGGUUUUCAGUUUCUUGCCUUAAAGAAACGUGCAGAUUUUUCCUUCUGUGACGACGUUUAGAGAGUUGAACACAUUCCUGCUGUUUCUGAAGAACUGAAGGACUUUAAAACAGAACGAAGCACUAUUAUUAUUUUUACCCUGCGUGUGUGUGUGUGUGCGCGCGCAGGUGUUUACUGUCAAAGGUUUUAGUAUUUAAAGCUGAAUAAUGAGUUUUAUAUUACACUCCUGUCUGUUACUCCGGUUUAUACACUACUUUCUUGGGGUUUUUUUUUCUUUUUGAUGAAAUGUGGCGACUUUAAAGAGGCCGUUUUACCCAUAAUCCACCUGAAAUGUACCUGUUCAGCCUGCAGCGUUGCAGGUUGUCUGAAAGGAUUUUUAUGUGUGACUGUACGUCUGUUUUUGUGUUUGUAUUUAAAGAACAGUAUUCAUCUUAUUUCACUCCCACAGAUACAGAUGUUCAGCAGUUCCUAUGCUUUUCUUUCGACAUCUUUUUUUUUUUUUUUUUUGUCAUUAUUGUCUCAGUUGUGUAAAUAUAUUUCCGUGUCCUGAAGCACUACUUCAUCUAAUCUCUUUGAAAAUGGAGGGAAAAAACAAAAAAAGCAGUUUUAUAUAAUUCUAUAUGGAGAAAAUCAUAUUUUUGGAUGUCUUUGUUUCCUGUUGUCUGAUUCCAACCAGAAUGUGCAGUGAGUCGGUGACAGUGGCCUUAUGAAUGUGUUGUUGUGACAAAUUUGGAAAUAAAAGGUUCAAUCGA